GCGGGAGCCCACCCUUUAGCGUUGGAAACUGCAGUGUGUAUAAAACCAGUGAGGGAAGCUGUGGAUAUCGAGAAGCAGUCGCUGCAAGGUCGACAACAGCAUCCUGCUCCGAACUACCGAAAGCCCGGAGGUGGAUGGACGUUGGACCCGUGGUUCCGAGACGAGUUAGCGAAGAGAACAGGACAAUUGUUGGCUCACUGGCGCAGAUUAGGAACGGGGAGAGUAGCUGAAAGUUUUCAGGCUGUAGCCUCAUGUUUUGACUUAGCUAACGAGCUAUUCUUCACCAGAACCACUCUCAGUACGUACGCCUCGCGCGUUCCUGGCUGAACAGCGUGUUCUUCUUUGUAAAUAGGAACCAACUGUGCGUUUGUCACGGGGUGGACUCUCGGUCUUCCACACUUCCUCCACUUAAGUUUUGCGGACUAUUACGCUAUUUUCCGCGCACGGUCGCCCCGUUAAUUGGUGCUAUUUGUGCCAUGUCAGCGCCAUCCUCUGCGCCUCCCGCCACGGCAGAGAACGCCGCUACACAGAAUGAUUUCCUAAGCCCUGAUGCUGGACCGAGGCCGCCCGGUCCGACGCCCAGCCAGAGCCGCUUCCAGGUGGACCUCGUUUCCGAGGCGGCGGGCAUCAUGGAGGAAAAGUCCCCGAACUCCGACACCUCCAGCACGCUCCCCUCCGGCGAUCCGACCACCCUCCCAGUUGUUCCAGACUGUUCGGGCGUUGAGUCGGAGGUCGCCGCGGAGGAAGCCAAGGGCCGGUUUCGAGUGGUGAACUUCGCGGAUCCGAGUGGAGCGUCAAACGCGGCCUCUCCGGACACGGCGCCGAACGAGGGGCUACAGAACGGGGAUACGGUGAUGAGCGAAACCAGCUUGCACUCAUCCACGGGCGGCCAGCAUCACUACCACUAUGACACUCACACCAACACCUAUUACCUAAGGACUUUUGGCCACAACACCAUUGAUGCCGUACCCAACAUCGACUUUUACCGGCAGACGGCGGCGCCGCUGGGGGAGAAACUCAUCAGACCCACCCUGUCAGAGUUGCACGACGAGCUGGAUAAGGAGCCUUUCGAGGAUGGGUUUGCAAACGGAGAUGAGCUCACACCGCCAGAAGACAGCGCUACAAAAGAAUCAGCAGAGUCCAAAGGAGUUGUCAAAUUUGGCUGGAUUAAAGGGGUGUUGGUUCGCUGCAUGUUGAACAUUUGGGGUGUGAUGCUCUUCAUCCGCAUGUCAUGGAUCGUGGGUCAGGCUGGAAUUGCUCUAUCAUGUUUGAUUGUUGCUAUGGCUACAGCUGUUACCACCAUCACCGGCCUCUCCACUUCUGCCAUCGCCACCAACGGCUUUGUACGAGGAGGUGGAGCGUAUUAUUUAAUUUCAAGGAGCCUAGGGCCAGAGUUUGGAGGCUCCAUUGGUCUCAUCUUUGCUUUCGCCAAUGCAGUGGCUGUAGCCAUGUAUGUAGUGGGCUUUGCCGAAACUGUAGUGGAACUUCUUGCUGGUAUGGAUGCCAUCAUGACUGAUCAGACUAAUGAUAUUCGAAUAGUUGGAACCAUCACAGUUAUUCUGCUGCUAGGGAUCUCCGUGGCAGGAAUGGAAUGGGAGGCCAAGGCUCAGGUCUUCUUGCUUGUAGUCCUAAUUACAGCUAUCAUCAACUUCUUCAUCGGAACCUUCAUCCCUGUAAAGUCAAAGGAGCCUGCUGGUUUCUUUGGUUAUGACGGUUCCAUUAUGUGGGAGAAUAUGGGUCCGGAUUUCCGUGACGAGACAUUCUUCUCAGUUUUUGCAAUCUUCUUCCCUGCAGCCACUGGUAUUCUGGCUGGAGCUAACAUUUCAGGAGACCUUGCUGAUCCACAGCUAGCCAUUCCCAGAGGAACCCUUCUCGCCAUAUUGAUAACAGGAAUCGUCUACCUGGGUGUUGCUGUUUCAACAGGUUCCUGUAUUGUGAGGGAUGCUAGUGGGAAUAUGAAUGACACGGUCAGUUCUCAGUUCAUGAACUGCACCGAUGCUGCCUGCAAAUUUGGCUAUGACUUCACUACCUGUAAGAGCAAUGAAGGCAGCUGCCAGUAUGGACUCCAUAAUGACUUUCAGGUGAUGAGCUUAGUUUCUGGUUUUGGGCCCAUAAUCACAGCUGGAAUCUUCUCUGCUACGCUGUCCUCGGCUCUGGCAUCUUUAGUCAGUGCCCCUAAAGUGUUUCAGGCUUUAUGCAAGGAUAACAUCUACCCCGGCCUGGGCAUGUUUGCAAAAGGCUAUGGCAAGAACAAUGAGCCCCUUAGAGGCUAUAUCUUGACCUUCGGUAUUGCUCUUGCCUUUAUCCUCAUAGCUGAGCUGAAUACAAUCGCCCCCAUCAUCUCCAACUUCUUCUUGGCGUCUUAUGCUUUGAUCAACUUCUCUGUUUUCCAUGCCUCACUGGCUAAUUCUCCAGGUUGGCGUCCCAGCUUCAAAUACUACAACAUGUGGGUUUCUCUGGCUGGAGCUAUUCUCUGCUGUGUGGUGAUGUUUGUCAUCAACUGGUGGGCAGCUCUCCUCACUAAUGGCAUUGUGCUGGGCCUCUACAUCUAUGUCAGCUACAAGAAACCAGAUGUGAACUGGGGCUCUUCAACUCAGGCUCUGACCUACCAUGAAGCGCUAACACACACUUUGCACCUCAGUGGAGUGGAGGACCACAUCAAGAACUUCAGACCCCAAUGUUUGGUGAUGACUGGUUACCCGAACUCUCGGCCGGCUCUUCUGGAUCUGGUACACAGCUUUACUAAGAAUGUGGGCCUGAUGAUCUGUGGUCACAUACGCAUGGGCUACCGAAGGCCAAACUUCAAAGAUAUUGCCACUGAGCAGUCACGGUACCAGCGCUGGCUGCUGAAGAAUGAGACCAAAGCCUUCUACACAUCUGUGUUUGCUGAGGAUUUGAGGCAGGGCACACAGUACCUGCUGCAGGCUGCUGGCCUGGGUCGCCUGAAGCCAAAUACCCUGGUACUGGGCUUUAAGAAUGACUGGAGAGACGGUGACAUGAUGAAUGUGGAGACGUACAUCAGUAUGAUCCACGAUGCCUUUGACUUCCAGUUUGGUGCUGUUAUUCUGCGACUUCAAGAAGGAUUGGAUGUGUCCCAUAUCCAAGGACAUGAUGAAUUGCUGUCCUCUCAGGAGAAGUCCUCAGGGAUGAAAGAUGUGAUUGUGUCCAUAGACACCAGCAAGGACUCUGAAGCUGAUUCGUCCAAGCCGUCCUCCAAAGCCACCAGCCUCCAGAACAGUCCGGCUCUGCAGAAAGAUGAUGACGAUGAUGGCAAAGCUACGACUCAGCCACUGUUGAAAAAAGACAAGAAAAGCCCGACUGUACCGCUGAAUGUGUCUGACCAGAGGCUGCUGGAGGCCAGCCAGCAGUUCCAGCAGAAACAAGGAAAAGGCACGGUGGAUGUCUGGUGGCUGUUUGAUGACGGAGGCCUGACCUUGCUGAUCCCCUACCUGCUCACCAACAAGAAGAGGUGGAAGGAUUGCAAGAUCCGUGUGUUCAUUGGAGGAAAGAUCAACAGGAUUGAUCAUGAUCGCAGAGCGAUGGCCACUCUUCUGAGCAAGUUCAGGAUAGAUUUCUCAGACAUCACGGUGCUGGGGGACAUAAACACCAAGCCCAAGAAGGAGCACGUGGCCGGUUUUGAGGAGCUGAUCGAGCCAUAUCGACUGAAGGAAGACGACAUGGAGCAGGACGCAGCAGAGACACUAAAGAACAGUGAACCCUGGAGGAUCACAGACAAUGAGCUGGAGCUGUAUCGGGCCAAGACUAAUCGUCAGAUCAGACUCAACGAGCUGCUGAAGGAGCACUCGAGCACAGCCAACCUCAUUGUUAUGAGCCUGCCACUGGCCAGGAAGGGUGCAGUGUCCAGUGCCCUGUACAUGGCCUGGCUGGAGGUUUUGUCCAAGGACCUGCCACCCAUCCUCCUGGUGCGUGGCAACCACCAGAGCGUUCUCACCUUCUACUCCUAAACACGCACGAGCGAAGAAGAAACUACUCACGUACCCUCCUGAGACUGAGAGCACACACACACACACACACACACACACAGGUGUGUAUAUAUAUAUAUGUAUAUGUAUACGUAUACGUAUAUGUAUACAGGUGUGUAUAUAUAUAUAUAUACUGGCUCCAGUCCAGUGCAGCACAUAUACCCUCCAGAGACACUAGACAAUGCGGCCACUGUUAGAAACAAUGCUGGGAAUCUCAAAAAACUAAAGCAGGUGAAAUUGAAAUUGCCGGGUGUCCCAGACUACUCCUUCCCCUCUAUUUAUUCCAAGCUGUACGGGGUUCCCCUUUCAUAGUGCUAGUUUUCUCACCAAAAUCUGAUUUUUUUUUUUUGCAGUCUUGCACAGGUUUUGCAUUUUCUUUCACAUGAUACGGAAAGAUCCUGAUGUCAUUCUUGUUCGGUUAAAUGGACCAGUUGUUUUUUUGUCUUCUUUUGUAAUGCAGCAAUAAUCACCCUAAUUUUUCCUUAACUUUUGGGAAAGAACCGUGCAGAAAGCUUUACUACACUUUUUAAAGCCUUAUGGAUGUGCCUUCCAAUGGAAUCAGAUGGAAUAAGUGUGAUCUCUAUCCAGAUUGAUGAUAUGGCUAGUUGUAGGAUGGAUAUUAGUUUUAAUAAGUUUUUAAUGUGAUUUCUUCUUAGUUGGCGUCUUGUAUUUAUGAGUGGAUUGCAUGAACUUGAAGAUUUUUUUUCAUGUAUCCUUCUCGCCAUUUUACGUUUUCUUCACCAUGUUUGUUUUUGGCAUAGCUUUUACAUUUUAUUUACUUUUGAGUCUUCCUUAUAAAGCUGGAUAAUUCCAACACACAACACAAUUCACAUUUUCAGGCACUGCGCCUGAAACCUUUGUGGUUCUUAUUCACGACCUUGUCUUUUUUUGUUUUUCGAAAAGUGGCCCUGCUUUUCCAUUCGCCCGGUUGGGUAGAACGACAGUCUCUCCCAUGUAGCUGCUGACUAACUGAUGUGUUUCUUUGAACUUUUUGCUUUUUAAUAUCUGUGAAGCGUCUCCAACCAACAAGCUUGUUAAAACUUUGCCUUAACGCUAGAACUAACGAUUGUCAUGAGUUCCUUUUAUCUUAUAAGCCAUACUGGCUCGACAGUUUGUGGAUAAAUGCAGAUCCGUUAGUCGCGUGUUAGAGAAGCGGUUCAGGACCGUUGUCCUCUGUAAAUAUGUGUGUUGUUUUGUCCUUGCUUUGCUUCACAUGGUCCACCUGCUUCAGUCUGUCGCAUCGCUUGCUCUAGGCUGCUGGUGAAGAACACUUUGCCAGCGUCGGUAUCGCAGCGCCGGUUGUGGCAUCGUGGCAGGUGUCUCUCUUCCCCGUAGAGAAACACAACCGUCUGUGUGCUUUACAGUGGACUUGCUGGCAGGAAGAAUGUGACCUUAGAAUGUGUCAAGGUAGAGUAAAGAGAUACCUCUAUGCAUAUAAGCUUGUGUUGCAUCCAUACUGGUAAUAAAAGUCACUUCUUUAUGUGAACUGAUCUACUUGCCUCAGUUUAUUUUAGGGCCUUUUUAAGCACAUCUCUUCCUUCCUUCCUACUUAUAAAGAGCACUGGCCUGUAGCCUUUUAACCAUGGCCCCAACAGCCGUAUAGACACAUUAUUACAGUUUGUAAUGGCUUUAAGGUUGCAGCCUGUUCUACUCUGGUCCUUGACCAUAAUUAGGUUGUGACUUAUGAGAGAAAACCACGGCUCUAAUGUAACUGGCUCAUAGUUGGUAUGAUUGCACUUCAUGCAAUCUGCCAUGGAUGUAGAAACCUGAAGCCGAGCCAACCUCUAGAAUGUAAACUGGUGACCACGCGUUUGCAUGACUGUGGAGAGUAUGUCAUCCAGGCCGCGCUAGUCUCAGAUGUGCUGUUCAGUAGCAGCUGGGCUCGGCAAAAUCUCUUGAAGGCAUUUAAUCCAAAAGGCUUCCCUGGUUUUGGCCGACUGGCUGGGAGUCCCAGUCUUACAGGACAAAGUCACAGAGCGUCCCUGAGGCCAACACGGCCGUUAUGUGUGUCGCUUAUAUUUAGAUGCUUUUUAUGUUUUCUAGUCAACCAACCUGAGACCUGAAAUUUCCCCCUUGGUGGUCCCACCUCCCGUCUAAGCCCGAACUGGCUCUUUAGGUGGGAGCUGUUGGGAUCUAGCUGUCACAACUCGUACCAUCCAUCCUAUCCUAAAAAUAAGUUGUUUCAUCUGUCAUCUCUUGAACUGGUGUCCUCAUUCACACAUCCACAACGGAAGCCACACUUAAUUGCCCAGUCACCAGUGGAGAGUCAGCUGCCAGGUCCUGACAACCAUCAUUAUUCUGUCAUCCACAUAAAGAACCUUUUUUUUAGGGUUUAUAACCAAAUGUCCUGCACUGAAAAAGCUACUUGAAUGAGUCAGUCACCAGACGAUGCACUUCAGCGUGUUAGCCUCAUAAAUGACUUUGAUCCAUUGGUGUUUGGAAUCGAUGGAAUGGUGCUGGUUAGCUGGUAAAUCGCUUAAAAUCUUGGCCAACCCGCACCCACCGGUCUUUUACGGCUUCUGGAGGUCAUGGUUAUGGAUCAGACACUGCCACAAAUCUAAGUGAAUAAAACAGGGUCGUCUGAGUUCGCCUCGCAGCGUUUUGCAUGUCCCAGUACUUUCAUGUGUUCCGUCAUUGACUGUAUGCAAACUUAAAGAAUGUGACAUCAUUUGUAGGUUAGUUGAAUGUACUCUGUAAUAAUGAACACUACUGCUAGAAGGUAGCAAACGUAUUAUCUCCCUUUGUUUUCCGUUCCCUUGUACAUUUGCUGCAUAGUGCUGCUUCAUUCUGCUGCAUCCCAUUACCCAUCACACAUCCAGGCCAGGAUUGUGCAUACACAUGCAUAUAUGUCUCUUAUGUUGGGAGGGCAUUGGUAUGACUGUAUAUAAACAUCCAAUACUGUACACGUUAACUGCACAUUCUUGUGCUCACUUGUGUGUUAAACAUACUGAGUACUUUUCAAUUUCCUAUACAAACAUGUAUUGUACCAUCUGUGGAGGUCCUUCUGUAGCUCACAAACAUCUGAUUGAACAUGUUAUGAACCCAGACAGAUCUGUUGGUGACCUUCAGGUGUUAGGAACCUGCCAGAGCCAAUCAGACUGAACUGAAUUCAAAGGGUCACGAUAUUAUCUCUGCUUCUUUGAGUUCAAAUGAUUUUUUUCUUAUAAAUCUCAAAUUCCUUUUAAACCUUUGAGUGACUUUUAAAGUAGCCAACAGUUACCCAAGUCAACUUUACCUGGCAUUCUAACGUUCAGCUAUUGAUGUAUUGUUAAUAGAAGCACAUACUGGACUUUUAUCAAAGAUGUUAACAUGUGUUUGCAAAAGAAUCAAAGCAUUCAGACACUACAAAGAGAUAAUGCUGCAUUGUACAGUAACAGUUAUUGGAUGCAGAGGAAUAGAAAAUGUGACCGGGGGGGUAAUUAUUGAUGUCGCACAAAAUGUAACUGAAGAUCUCCUGUCAACGUUUUCAAGUGAGAUACAAGUUUGUGUGUAUCAUUUCCUUCAUUUCUAUUCCAAUCUGUAGCUUGACAUAACGCCAAUGUUCUACUGUUUAAUACCAAAUAUCAGCUGUACUGACACCGUGUCAUUUGAAAUUCAUAUUUGUAAUUCUUGCCAAAGCUCCUCCUCUGCAGUUUCCAUCUGUCAUCUAUGAUGAUGAUGAUGGAUAGUAUGGAAAAAAGGAAAUCAUAAUAUCUGGCAAUGGUGGGUGCAUCAUCAUCCACAAUGUAAACGAGUUAACCUGUAAAUACAUUUCCUAGUCUAAUCGCUUAAAAUCUGGGGGUGAAAUAAUAACCAUGAAUUUCAACUUGGGCAAUUUAUUUAUUUUAGUCCAAAAUGUAUCUACUGUUUUGUCUUAUUGCUAUAUUUUGGUUUUAGUUUGAAGUUAAUUUGCGUGUUUUUUUUCUCUAAGUAUUUUGCCAUUGAUUUCUGAAAAUGUGUUUUUUGUUUGUUUUUUUUUGUUUCCUUAACUUUUCAAUGUGUAUUGGAAGAAUUGGCAGAUUGAUAAAGACACGGGCAGAUUGAACUGGUGUUCUCCUUCUUUUAUGCAGCCAUGGAUGAAAUCAACCAGACAGUUGAAGCAGUCACAUUUUGAUACACUGUACUGUUAACAGUGACAGAUAUGCUUUUUCUAAUAUUUUAAUGUUUGUGAUUACCAAUCCUUUGUACAUCUUUAUUGCAAUAAAUAAAUGAAAUCGG